GAGUUGUAACGAAGAAAACCUCCGUAUUGUACAAGGAUUAAAGAAUAAUUGAGCCGAAAAACAAAGAAAAAUAGCAGUGUUUACAAACGUUUACAAAGUAAUGUAUGAAACUUAACGUCAAAAGAUUUGAGAGCUAUUGUACAUCCUAGAAUACAUAUGAUGAUGAUUUAUAAUAACAGAAAAAAGAUCAAAGAUAAAUAUAAAUAUGAGACUGAAAAGCGUGAAUUCACAGCUAAACUACUAGAUUAUUUAAUUCUAUCUAAUUCGUACGAAUUCGAUUGUUAUUUUACGCGUGAAAAGGUCUAACAAGCUUAAACAUUAAUACGAUAGACAAAUGAUGGGAAUAGUGUUCAUCGCUUGCGUUGAGUUCAUAUUUUGUCCAUUCUUGUGUGUACAUACUUCGAACGAAAGUGAUUUAUUAAUGCCAUCAGAUGAUGUGUUUUAUACACCAUGUGGUCACAUUUUUCACUUUACAUGUUUAAUACAGUGGUUAGAAAGAUCAAAGUCAUGUCCGCAGUGUCGAGAAAAAACAAAUCAAAAUAAGAUACAUAGAAUCUAUUUUAAUUUCUCUAAUAAUGAUACUAUUGUAGAGGAUACAUCUUUCUUGCAAGAUAAAGUUGACAAACUUACAUUUCAAAUUUUACUUAAAGACAAGGAUAUUAAGCAUUAUACUGAGAAAAAUGAGAAUUUGGAGAAACAAAAUUCUGGGUUAAGAAGUGAAGUCAAAAAGGCCGAAAGUGAAGUACGUGAGAAAGAAACUGCCAUUCAUGCAUUAAAAGAGCAAAUAAAGUACUUUAGACAACAAUGCACAGAAGUGGAUAUUAUUAAUCAGGAAGUCAUUAGGUUAAGGAAAAGAGUUGAAGAUUUAAAAAAUAUACAACUUUUAAUGGAUGCUCCUGCUGAGGAAGUAGACGAUAUGGUUUCUAAAACAAAUGAUUCUAGUACACUUAUUACAUAUAUAUCUAUAAUGAAAAGAGAAAUGGCUAAAUGUGUAACUAAACGAAGAGAGAUGAGAGCUAAAUUGCAAAACAUACAGCAGGAACUCACUAAAGUUUCGAUGGAACGUAAUUAUCUACUUGAAGAGCAGGAAAAACGAAAAAAGUUAGAAGAAGAAUUAAUAACAUGUGAGAAUGAAAAAAUGGUAUUACAAAAUAAGCUUCAAGAUAUUGAAAAUAAUGGAUAUAUCAAAACACAUGUAUCAAAUAUAAUGAAAACAAAAGAGAGCUAUUCGAAUUCUAUUAAAAUAUCUAAAGGAGAAGUUAAAUAUACUGAUCAGAUGGGUGUCAAGAAUGAUACAAAAAACUCUUUGAAAAGAAAAACAAAUUUCAUAAUGGAGGAUAUCAAAAUAAAUUCACCUAAUAUUCCAGUCCAAUCACAUGGUAUAUUAGCUUUAAAGGAACAAUAUACUGCACGACGAGCUACCAGAUCUACGUUUUCUAUUUUAACGAAAAAACCCAGACUUUCCCAAAAUUCUGUUGAAUCUGUAAAAAACGGUUCAAUCACAUAUGAUGGUUUUGGGGGUCACUCAAAGUAUGAUAAAUUUCCUAGUCCUAUUCAAAGUGCUAAAUUAAAGAGAACGAAAGAGUGUUUGUCUAAGCCAAGGAAACCUAAACUUGACACAGGAGACAAUAAAAAACUUAGUGAUUUAAUUGUAGAUAUAUCAUGAUAUUUGAAUUAAUCUAAUAUUCUAUUUUUUAUGAUUAUAUUUAUAUUUUAUAGUAAUUUACAAGUGUAUUAGUUUGUAUAUGUGUAGUAUGCCAUCUUUAUUAUUUUCUAGAUUAGAUGGAUUUUAUGUGAUUAUAUUUAGUGAAAAGUCACAAAACAACUGAAAGUUAGUUAAAAAGUUAUAAUUCAAGGUGCUGAUAUUAACGAAGUUGAAAAUAAGAUAACUUAUAUAAAUAUA